AUGGGUUUUAGAGGUGGAGGAUAUAUGGGUGUGGGCAUGAGUGUGGAUGCGGAUUUCGGAUCUGGAUUUAGAUCUGGAUCUAGGUUUGGAUCUGGAUCUGGAUCUGGAUCUGGAUUUGGAUCUGGAUAUGGAUCGGGGCAUAUUUACGACGGCGACGAUAUUAUCGAAGAGAUGAUUUAUUUUGAUGUUGAUGAUGUUGGGUUUAAUGGAAGGAGUUGGGGAGGUGGUGGUAGUGAGGAUAAGGGAGGAAGAGGCGGGUUUGGAAUGGGGCUUGCUAGGGGUAGUGAGCUGGUUAACGAUAAAGCUGAGGAGACGGGUUUCGGGGUGGAGAACGAGGUUGAGGAUGCGGGUUUCGAGAUUGGUGCUUCGGGCUUGGAUAUAGAAGGAUGGGGCGGCGUGGGUAUGGGCAGCGCCGGUGCGGAUGCUUCGGGCUGGGGUAUAGAAGGAUGGGGCGGCGAGGGGUGGAACGGCAGCGCCGAUACGAACGCUACGAGUAUAAUUAUCGAGCCUGGAUUCAACGGCAAUGCUUCGAGAUCGAAUAUCGAGCUUGGAUUUAACGGCAUAAGCUUCGCCGGCACAAAUUUUACGGGGCCGAAUGCUGAAUGGCGUGGGUGGAACGGCAGCGCUGAUACGAAUGCUUCGAGGUCGGAUGUUAAGAGAUGGAAUGAUAUGGGCAUGAAUAUUGUUGCUUCGAAUAUCGAGCUUGGAUUUGACGGCAUGAGCUUCGCUGGCACGAACGCUACGGGACCGAAUGCUGAAUAG